AGAUAGAGAGAGAGAGAGAGAGAGAGAAACCCUGAAAAAACCCCCAAUUUCCUCUAUUCUUCUCCCCUUCCUUGAAUGAUCCAAGCUCCACUCUAGCAUCCGCAUGUUGCCUUGUCGAGGCCUGAGGAUUCGGUUGGGGCUCUUUCGCCUGUUGCUCUAAGGCCGAUUACUGUGAACCCUAAAGAAAGGAGUUUAUUUGUUCCUUCUGCCAUGAAAGAAAUGUGCAAACAUCGCACUUUCUCUCCAUCGAAUCUUGAAAUCCUCGGAGUCCUCUAGAAAACAAAAUCCUUUCCUGCAAAUCCUCAUGGAGUCCUAUAGAAAACAAAAACCAGAGCUCGACCUUGAAAAAGAAGAACAAACAUCCAUUCCCGUCCUCGCCCCUUAUAGCGAUGAUGACGAGAAUGACAAUGGAGUUGUGGAGGAGGAGGAGGAGGCAGGGUUUCAAAAGCCAGCGGCGCCGCAGUGCCGCCAGGUCGUGGUCCGCCGUGACUGCCCUUACUUGGAUACCGUCAACCGGCAGGUCUUGGACUUUGAUUUCGAGAAAUUUUGCUCAAUUUCCCUGUCUAAUUUGAAUGUCUAUGCUUGUUUAGUCUCUGGCAAGUACUACCAAGGUAGAGGUUUGAAUUCUCAUGCGUAUACUAAUAGUCUUGAAGCUGGGCACCAUGUGUAUAUCAAUCUCCAGACUGAAAAGGUUUAUUGCCUUCCUGAUGGAUAUGAGAUCAAUGAUCCUUCUUUAGAUGAUAUUCGGCAUGUUUUGAACCCGAGGUUUUCUCGAGAACAAGUCCUGCAUCUUGAUGAAAAUAGGCAAUGGUCAAGAGCACUGGAUGGUUCUAAUUAUCUUCCUGGAAUGGUUGGUCUUAACAACAUCAAGGAAACUGAUUUUGUGGAUGUAACAAUUCAAUCUUGUUCUGAGAAUUUUUUCCUUGUUCCUGAGAAUUAUCAGCACUGCAAGUCUCCACUUGUCCAUCGUUUUGGAGAGCUUACACGGAAGAUUUGGCAUGCCCAAAACUUAAAGGGGCAGGUGAGCCCCCAUGAGUUUUUGCAAGCAGUCAUGAAAGCUAGUGAUAAAAGGUUCCAAAUAGGAGUGCAAUCUGAUCCGGUUGAAUUCAUGUCUUGGUUAUUGAAUACACUGCAUAUGAAACUUAGGCAUUCAAAGAAGAAGAACAAGAGCAUCAUCCAUGACUGUUUUCAGGGUGAGCUGGAGGUUGUGAAAGAAAGCCAAAAGAAACCAUUUAUUGAGAAGAAAGAAAGGAAUGAGAAGCAGAACAAAAUGGUCAAUGCAGUUGAUGAGGGUACAAAUGGUGUUGUAAAGGAAAUAUCUGCAGUUUCAUUUUUAAUGUUGGGUCUAGACUUGCCUCCACCCCCUCUUUUUAAAGAUGCUAUGGAGAAAAAUAUCAUCCCACAGGUUCCUCUUUUUAACAUAUUGAAGAAAUUCGAUGGAGAGUCCGUGACGGAAGUUACCCGAAAGUCGUUGGCAAGAAUGAGAUACCGUGUUACCAGACUACCAAAGUAUCUCAUUCUUCAUAUGCGUAGAUUCACCAAAAAUAACUUCUUCAUAGAAAAAAAUCCCACUCUUGUCAAUUUUCCUGUGAAGAAUCUUGAAGUGAAGGAUUACAUUCCAUUACCACCACCGAAGGAGAACAUGAAGAUGAUCAAGUAUGAUCUUAUUGCAAAUAUUGUUCGAGGGAAGCCGGGGGAAGGGGUUUACAGAGCUUUUGUUCAGUGCAAAUUAGAAGAGCUAUGGUACGAGAUGCAGGAUCUCCAUGUGACCGAAACUCUUCCUCAAAUGGUUGCUCUUUCAGAGGCUUACAUGCAGAUUUCUGAGCAGCAUGAGUGAUCAAAAGGUGAGUAUCCGCUUUUUUCAUUGCAUGCCAAAUAUUUGUAAAAUCAAAUUCUCAGGAUCAUCCUUAACAAGGUAAAAAGAAAGAUGGUUUAUUGUACCACUGUGAGAUGUACUGUACUAACUAUUUGAAACUUUUAGUUUAAUCUUAAGUCAUUUAUCAAAUUUA